UGGAUAUUUAUUGAUUGGAAAAAAAACUUGAAAUUUGAUUUUUUGAUCCGACUUUUUCUGGCUACACGUUGAAAUGUCAAUGUUAGCUGGUGAUAUACUAAAUGAUCGUUAUGUAAUUAAUAAAAAAUUAGGAUCCGGUUCAUUUGGUUAUGUUUAUUCGGGUAAAGAUCAGGAAAAUAUAUUCCAUAUGAUUGCAAUAAAAAUUGAAAAACCAAAUCCAAAACAAAUGAAUAUAUCAUAUCUUUAUAAUGAAUAUAAUGUUUAUCGUUUUCUAAAUAAUAAUCAUCAAGGUUUUCCAAAAUUUUAUCAUUUUCAAAAAUCAUUUGAUAAUGAACGAAAAUUUAUUAUUAUUGAACAAUUAUAUCGUAAUUUGAAUCAAUUAUUCGAUAUGUGUGAACAACGUUUUACAUUCGAUACAAUAUUGGAAAUUGCCAUACAAAUUAUAGCCAGAAUUGAAACAUUACAUUCUAUUGGUUUCAUCCAUAGAGAUUUAAAACCAGAAAAUUUUAUGAUUGGUUUUCCACAAACACAACAAUAUCGUAUUAUUCAUCUUAUUGAUUUUGGUCUUUGUCAACGUUAUCGUAAUCCAUAUACAAUGGAACAUUUUUCACCUAGUUGCCAUAAUCGUGUUGUCGGAUCAAUGUUAUUCAUGAGCUGUAAUUCACAUUUUCAAUUAAAACAAUCUAGACGUGAUGAUCUUGAAUCAUUAGCAUAUUUAUUGUUAUAUUUUUUGAAUGGUAAAAAUUUACCAUGGAAUACAAAUUCAGCUAAUGCUUUUGCCAAAAAUAAUCCAUUACAACAUUGUCGUAAAGUUGGAUCAAUGAAACAAUGUUUAACGCCCGAUGAAUUGUUUAAAAAUCAUUCAAAAGUAUUUGCCAAUUUUCUCAGUUAUGUAAGAAAUCUUGAUUUUACCGAUGAACCAGAUUAUGAAAUGAUACGUUCGGAAUUUAUAAAAUUUAAAUCAAAAAAAGAAAUUAAAUUUUCAUGGGAAUCAUAAAUUAUUGUUGUUGAUUAUUAUCAA